AUGGAGCCAACAAAGACCACGUCACGACGCAACCGUGCUUCCAUCCGUUCCCACGCCUGCCUGACGAGCUCAAGGUCCGCAUCAUCGAAUGCGCCUUCGACGCUGAGCUCGCUGAGCGUGACAAGCGAAUCACCAUCACUAUGCGUCCAGAUACUACACUCGUAUACUACACUCGUCUCACCGACCGCAUGGCAUAUCUUCCACGUCAACCGAUUCUGGCAGUCUGAGCUACUCCACCUGUUGAACGGGAACCUCAUCUACGCGCUGAACGCCGACGAGCCUGGCUUCUUUGAGCAGAACGCUAUAUACUUCGACCCCGCGACCGAUGUACUGGAGGUCAACAUCUGUGGUCUCCAGGGGAAGGGGGAUGUCGAUCGCUGUAUCGCGAGGUUGUCGGGCGAGCUGCGAAGCAAAGUCACCCGCAUGGAAUUGGUGACCGACCAUCUCAUCUACGGGCAGCUUGUAGUGCCAGUACCACUACCCAGACUCUUAGCUCGGCGAAUUUAUGACUGGGUGGACCUUUUGCCAGCCGUAGAAGACGUCCUGAUCAGCGGGACUGUGAUGAUUCAAAGUGCACAGGCAAUGCAGGAGGUCGAAGAUGUCGAUGUGCAUCACAUCUGCAAUUGGGGGAGUCGGGUUGUGCUGGAGAGACAGGGUCUGCCAGACGUACGACUUGAUUUCAUGGGUAUUGACUGA